AUGAUCCCGAGAUUGGAUUGGAAUGCGUUGAUCAAGACUUCUUAUUCUUUGGGUAUGGACACUCUGCCAGAGACGUUACCGGAAGAAGGUGACAUGGACGAUGAAUUUUUGCAAGCUUUACAUCAUGUCCUGAUGGAGAUUCGAGUGGUUCAAGGUCAAAUGCAAUGUGAUGGAUGUGGUCACAUAUACCCCAUCAAGGACUCCAUACCAAAUAUGCUACUACAAGACACGGAAGUGUAG